AUCUUCCUCUUUCUCUCCGGUUGCUUCAUAGUUACGACACCGUUUAACCACGAAUAAUAGUAAUUAGUGAUCAAAGCCUCUCAAAUAAAGUCGUAACUCCCUAGCAAUCUGAUACAGAUUUGUAGUGAGUGGUAACUGUCAAAUUGCUAUAAAUUCAAAUCUCACGGACAAAAACACAAGGCCCGACUUGAGUUGUUUCGUCGUACAGUUUUGUUGUUGCUGUUGCUCUGCUGUUUCCUUUUUGUGGAUCUAUCUGAUUUUGCAGAGAAUGUUCUGUGCUGAUCGGUUUGUGUAUGAAUAAACUAGAAAGAACCCCGUGUUCCUCUCCGCUCUUCUCCUGUGUUGUCUAGUAGUUGUAAGUGAUAGUAAAGAGAAGAAAUUGAUGCAACGGAGAUGUCAAUAAUUCAUCAUGCGGGCAUUGUACUGUUUCUGCUAUGGUUGCUUUCUUCCUUCAAUCGAUGCCAUCCUAUUGCCUUCAUUCUUUCUCUCAUCUAUCUUUUCUUGGUUCAUGAGAGAUAUGUUAUGAAACUGAGGAAGAAAUUGCAGUAUGAAGAAAGAAAACAAGCCUAUCAAAAAAGGGUUCUUACUGAUUCUGAAACAGUGCGAUGGUUGAACCAUACCGUGGAAAAGAUAUGGCCCAUAUGUAUGGAACAGAUUGCAUCGCAGAAGAUUCUGCUUCCCAUUAUACCUUGGUUCCUGGAAAAGUAUAAACCAUGGACCGCCAAAGAAGCUGUGGUUCGGCACAUGUAUUUGGGAAGAAAUCCACCACUGUUCACAGAAAUGAGGGUUCUUCGCCAAUCUACUGGUGAUGACCACUUGGUAUUGGAGUUGGGCAUGAAUUUUUGCACAGCAGAUGAUAUGAGUGCAAUUCUUUCUAUCAAAUUAAGGAACAGGCUUGGAUUUGGAAUGUGGGCAAGGAUGCAUAUGACAGGGAUACAUGUAGAAGGGAAGGUCUUGAUUGGAGUGAAGUUUCUUCCCAAUUGGCCUUUUCUUGGUCGUUUGCGGGUAUGCUUUGCUGAGCCACCUUACUUCCAAAUGACUGUAAAGCCCAUCUUCGCCACUGGACUUGAUGUUACUGAACUUCCAGGGAUUGCUGGAUGGCUGGACAAGCUUCUGUCAGUUGCUUUUGAACAGACACUAGUUCAGCCCAAUAUGCUAGUUGUUGACAUGGAGAAAUUUGUUUCACCAGGGUCAGAGGAUUGGUUCUCUGUGGAUGAGAAGGAACCCGUUGCUUAUGCUAAAGUUGAAGUAAUUGAAGCAUCUGACAUGAAACCAUCAGAUUUAAACGGAUUGGCUGAUCCAUAUGUGAAAGGACAACUUGGUCCUUACAGAUUCAGGACAAAGACACAAAGGAAAACUCUAUCUCCAAAGUGGCAUGAGGAAUUCAAGAUCCCCAUUUGUACCUGGGAAUUACCUAAUAUUCUAGCUAUUGAUGUUCGUGACAAGGACCCUUUGUUUGAUGAUGCACUUGGGGUUUGCACAGUUGACAUCAAUGAGCUCAAGGAUCUUGGGAGGCAUGACAUGUGGUUGCCACUUCAGAACAUUAAAAUGGGGAGGCUGCAUCUUGCAAUAACUGUUCUGGAACAGAAUGCACAGGGAGGUGAUUGUUCUCCUGAUGGGGAUACAUUGACCAAGGAGCAAAUACAGGACUCCUUCGCAAGUGAUACUGCAAACAGAGCUUCCUUUUCAUCUGAAUCAACAGAGAAGUCUAGAGUUCCAGAUAAUUUUGAGCCUAUCAACGUUGAAGGGCAAGAAGAGACUGGAAUAUGGGUUCAUCACCCUGGAAGUGAAGUGCCACAAACAUGGGAGCCCAGAAAAGGGAAGACCACAAAUUCUUUCAUCUCUCAUUCUGCAGUAUCCGGACCGCUUAACAUUGACAGCAGCAGUGGUGAAGAAAAUGCUGAGGGUGAAAAUAAAAGGAAACGAUUUAAGCGUGGUUUGCAGAAGAUUGGCUCUGUAUUCCAUAGAAACGCUAAAAAUGAGGAUAAUUUGAGCAGCAUUGGGGAAAAUGUUCCAUCUCCUUAUGAUAAUAUUAAGGCAACGAAUCAGAGGGAGAUUGGUGUAAAGUUUGUAGUGGAAGACAGCCUUUUAGUGCCGAAUUCUGGUUGUUUGAGCGAAGUUAAUUUGGGUUCUGAGAAAAGUAGUCCAGAAAGCCCCCAGGGAGGAAAUGCCAAAGGCAUAGCGAAGAGUAUUUUAAAACAUGCUGAAAAGUCUGCUCGUAGCAUAAAGCAUGCACUCUCUCGAACAGGAUCAAGGAGAUCGCUCGCUGAUCCAUCAGUGGUGACAGAAAGAGACAUAUAUCCAGAGUCUGACUCUUCCGAUGAUCAAUCUCGUUCAUCCCCGCAAACAAAACCAGUUGUCUCCAGUCCCAUACCCUCCUCCACCCCUUGCAAUGAUGAUUCUGUUAAACCCAUGGAGAAUAUAAUCGAGAGUGGUCCAAGUGAGCCCUCUAUAAAUUCUGGUGGCCAAAUGAACAAGGUGGAUGUUGAAGGUAAUGGACUACAGUCCUCAAGCCCUAAGACCCCUUCAAGAUUUGGAAGAAGUGAAGAAACUUCUUCUUGCCAGAUGUGAAAAAGUAAUUGAAGGUUUAAAAUUAUGUUUGCUCAAACUAGUUCAUAUACUGGUACUCUAUACAAUAUGUUCAUCGAUAGAGUUUGGAGAUCUUAGGAAUUGUGGUUUUUUAUCAGCAGUGGUUUUGUUCAUUGUUAUUACAAUGUACAGAAGUAUAUUUUUCACAAAUAUGUAAAUUAGUUACAGAAGCAGUCUGUUCUGUAAAUCUUCUGAACCUUUCUUUUGCAGAAUGUAGUUCUUCUCAUUUUGAGCC